GACGACUGUUGUUUUCAUCCAACUCCAUCCGAAUCCACACACCACUAACUAUCAGUCUUUCGUUUACCUUGUUUUGAGUCGUUAUUAUUCGGCCUGUUCAACAACAUCUUGAUAUUAUCCGAGCCAGUUUUCUACGACACCCGACGACGACUUAAAGCCCACUGCGUUGACCAGCGAUCAUAGACGGCACCGAUGAGAUGCUCUCCUUGAAGCACCACAUCCUCUUCUGGACGAUCUCCAUCCUCACUAUCCCCGUCGCUCUACUCCGCCAUCGCCUUCGCGCAUACCUUCCUUCUAUCCUCGCCGAGCCCCUCCUGGAAAAUAUAAUCCACGGGCUCAUAGUAUACAUGAUAUGGAAGAAGAAGAAGAAGCUGUACUGGAUGUACUGGGUGUACUUGGCCAGCUUGGGCGCGCUGUGCGUGGCGUCGGAUGAGGUCGUCCUAGAGAUGGGGUUCGUGGGCAAGAUGCCAGAAAACUAUGAGUUUGACGAAGAUGGCAUCAGGAUGUUGGUUGCUCAUGGGCUGACCAGCUUUCUGGUUCUUGGUACUCUGGAGCCCAUCAUGCGGGAUAGACGGGACAUCGAAGUCUACGGAAUGGGAAUACUUUCGGAAUAUCCAAUGCUACGAGGAAGAGGCCAGAAUCCGAUUUGGGCUACGAUCAUGGGACUCAUGUCGCUUGCCGCAGUGACCAGUCUGAUCGAGCUGACUCUCUACAGGAUCCUUGGUCAAUAGGUUGACCUGCCUGGAUUCUGGUUCCCUGAAGAUCUUACUCUGAUGCAGAUGUUUAUCCACGCAUGGCUCCUUUCACCACUCCU